AUGUCUUUUGGAGGAAUGUUUGGAAAUGGAGCUGAAUGCUCUACGAAUGGAUACAAUCCACUAAAUAGCGCUAUAAAGCACGCAGAUAGUGACAGAUCGGCAGUAAAGGACAGAACUGGCUUGGGAUCUUCCACAGCUUCCGCGUUCCCAAGAACAUCGACAUCAUCGGCAUCUUUCAAGGAAGCUGAUCAGCUACGUGGUAACGUCCCCAUCGCGCAACACACAGGACCUUUUGGCAUGGAAGCCAUCAAGACUGAAAUUGGAAGGGUGGGACCGUCAGCAGGUCCGGCUGCAGCCGCUUGGAGUAGUGAAUUUGGCACUCUCAACUACCGCGAUAAGCAGCGGGAUGUCCUCGAGCGUUCAUUCAAUCAGCGACAUAUGAAUCAAUCGAAUUGGAACGACGAGUUCGCACAACAGCAACAGCAGCAACGUGGAUCACGCGGUGAUUCCGCUAGCCCCAGCUCCUUGGGACAUUCAACCACAUCUCCUUACUCCACUUACUCCCCUUAUAUGCCUAUCUCACCUUCCUUGCAAAGCACCAACACCAGCCAGCAUACACAACCCAUCAACCCCAUCAAUCAGGAAGAAGAACAAGCCAAGUGGGACCAGCAGUUUGAUAGGCUCUAUGAGGAUAUUUCCAGCAAGGCGGCGUCGCAGCAGACACACCAGCAAAGCACAUCAAAGGACGAUGACAUACAGCAGCAAUUCAAACAGGCUCUCCGCGAUGAAGGGUUGGAUGUUGACAAGAAUGAGAAUUAUUUAUCAGAGUUUGAGAAUGUCUGGAAUACCCAGACUCAAGCACACCAUGAAGAUGAAUUCAAUAAGAAUCUUGCAGGUUGGGAGAGGGAAUUUAACAUGGAAAUGAAUAGUACGCGGGAAAGUAUAGAAAAUGAUUUGAUUGAGCAGCAGAACAAUAGUGCUCCUGUAUCCCAGCAAGAGUACCAGUUCGAGACCGCGAAUCACCUGCUAGACACCUCUGACCCUUUCGCCGAAGGACAGAGGCUGCUUAGGGAGGGUGGACCGCUGAGUGAGCCAGCGCUAGCGUUCGAGGCUGCAGCUCAACAGACGCCUCACAACGCCAAAGCGUGGCUGUGGCUUGGUUAUACACACGCCAUGGACGAGAAAGAAGAAGCAGCGAUCCGCGCUCUUGAGCGGUGUCUACGCGAGGAUUCCAACGAGAUCGAAGCGAUGAUCCCAUUGGCGAUAUCGUACACCAACGAAGGCGAUGACAAUGCAGCUACACUGACACUUGAGAGGUGGCUAAGUAAGAAAUAUCCCCACACUCUCACUCCAGAUACGGGCACUUCGACAAAUAGUACUUGGCCAUGGGCGACGCACCAGCGUGUGAUAGACUGUUUCCUCGACGUCGCUCGCUCGCAGUUCAGUAGUGCUGACAAAUUAACUCUGGAUGCUGAUGUACAGGUUGGGCUUGGUGUGCUCAGCUAUGCUACGAGCAACUACGACCAGGCUGAGGAUUGCUUCAAGACGGCUCUCUCACUCCGACCUGAUGACUGGCUGCUAUGGAACAGACUCGGUGCUACGUUGGCAAACGGAGGUAAUUCCGAAUCAGCCAUCGAAGCUUAUGAGAAGGCUUUGGAACUGCGCCCCACUUUUACACGUGCAAUUCAUAACCUCGGAGUCAGUUGUCUUAAUAUCGGCUGCUACAAGGAGGCUACUGAGCAUCUCCUCGGGGCUAUUGCACUGCAGCAGGCGACUAAUGACAACAGCAUCAACGAAAGUCACAGCUUGUGGCAGACUCUACGUCGCGCUCUCUUUGCGAUCGACAGACACGAUCUAGCCAACAUUGCCAGACCGGGAACGGCAGUGAGUAAGUUCAGAGGACAGGGUUUUGAUUUUUAG